UUGUUCUUUCGUCCAGCUUUCCUUCCCCUUUCCCCACUACUCGAUCAAAUCCUUUCAUCUCUACCUUCGAGCGAAAGAUUUUCCUAGAGAUUCUGUUUUAUUCUCUGAUAUUGCACGAUUUUGGAGAGAUUUGAGAUCUCUUUUGCCGAAAACUGCGAAAGAUCGGAGGUUUCUCUUCGUUUGGCGAAGAAUUGCAAAGAUCGGAGGCUUAUUCUGUCUAUUUUGAACGAAUUUGGAGGGGCUGAGAUCUAUUUUUCUGAAAACCGCAAAAGAUCGGAGGUUUUGACUCUUUCUACGAAGAAUUGCGAAGAUCAGAGGUUUUUUCUCUUCAUUUUGCACGAAUUUGGAGAGAUUUGAGAUCUGUUUUCUAAAGAUUGGAAGUUUUUUUCGUUUUCUGGCGAAGGUUUCUGCAUUAUCGGAGUUUUUCCCAAAUUUUAUUGAAUUUCGAGAGAUUUGAGUUAUCUUUUUCUUGAAAUCGCAAGAGAUACGAGGUUUUCCUUCUUUCUGGCAAAGACUUUGGAAAUCUGAGGUUCCGUUUCUCUAUUUAAGACGAAGUUGGGUAGAUUUGUAGUAUCUUUUGUGGAAAACUGUGAAAGAUCGUAUGUUUAUCGUCUUUUGAAGAUGAAGAAUUGCGAAGAACAGAAAAUUUUGGUCGAAUUUGGAGAUAUUUGAUAUAUCAUUUUGUGGAAAAUCGCAAAACAUGGAAGUUUUGAAAGAUCAGAUGCUUUUUCUGUCGGUCUAAUUUGUAGGCAUUUGAGGUAUCUUUUCCUGAAAAUUGGAAAGGUUUGGGGGCUUUUUUUUCCCCUCUCGGCCAAGCAUUUAUAAGAUUGGAGGUUUCCUCUCUCGAUUGUGCUCAAAUCUGCAGAUCUUUUGCAGAUGUUCACAUGAUUUGUGAAGCAUUUGGUAUUUUUCUGAAGCAGCACUGCAAUCUGGCCAUCAAUGAGUGCUUUUCUAUGUAAAAAGUAGAAACAUUUUGGGUUUUGAUGGGUGAGAUUUCAUGGAUUACUCUUUCAAUCAAGCGAAUUUUGCUGCCUCAGUCCAUAUCAACCACGUAUUCUCUAUACAGAGAUCGCUGCAAUAGAAGGUCAUAAAUCUGAUAUUUUUCUUCUUUCUGCAAAUAAUCUCCUGAAAUAGAAGUUUUUCUAGUUCUGGUAUUGAGAUCAAGAUGGGAGUCGAUUACUACAACAUCUUGGAAGUGAGCAGGAAUGCGACAGAUGAGGAUCUCAAGAAAUCGUACCGGAAAUUGGCCAUGAAAUGGCAUCCAGAUAAGAAUCCGAACAAGAAAGAAGCAGAGGCCAAAUUCAAGGAGAUCUCCGAAGCCUAUGAGGUCUUGAGUGAUGUGCAGAAAAGGCAAGUCUAUGAUCAAUACGGUGAAGAAGGGUUGAAGGGGAUGCCUCCUGGAGGCAAUUACUCAAAUGGCAGUUCAGGUGGCACAAAUAAUUUCCAUUUCAAUCCUCGUAAUGCAGAGGAUAUCUUCGCGGAAUUCUUUGGGAGCAGCCCCUUUGGGUUUAGUUCGAUGGGCCGUGCAAGGUCUGUGAGGUACCAGCAAGACGGUGGGGCCUUUGGGGGAUUCGGUGGGACAGAGAAUGUUUUCCGAUCUUACACUGAAGGUGUUGGGGCUGGUGGAGGUACUCCACGGAAACCACCGCCUGUUGAGACCAAGCUGCCGUGCAGCCUUGAAGAACUUUAUAGUGGGUCGACGAGGAAGAUGAAGAUCUCAAGAAACGUCCUGGACGCUAAUGGACGGUUAGCGCCAGAGACCGAGAUCCUAACCAUUGAUGUGAAGCCCGGGUGGAAGAAAGGGACAAAGAUCACGUUCCCGGACAAGGGGAACGAGCAAGUGAACCAGCUGCCAGCAGACCUCGUCUUCGUUGUCGAUGAGAAGCCCCACGAUGUCUUCAAGAGAGAUGGCAAUGACCUUAUCAUCAGCCACAAGGUAUCACUGGCAGAGGCGCUUGCUGGGACCACUGUGAACCUGAUGACACUUGACGGGCGCAGCCUGACAAUCCCGGUGACGGACAUCGUCAGCCCCGGGUAUGAGCUCGUGGUUGCAAAGGAAGGGAUGCCGAUCGUAAAGGAGCCGGGGAAGAAAGGGAAUCUGCUGAUCAAGUUCGACGUGAAGUUCCCGACAAGAUUAACAGCGGAGCAGCGAUCCGGGAUCAAGCGUGCCUUGGGAGGUUAGUGGUGCACCACAUAUUAUAUAUAAUGGCUGGUUUUACCAAUCAACCACCACCUUACACUGUAAUUGUUUUCGCUUUUGCUUUUGUUUUCUUUUCUCUUAUUUUUCACGGUCUCGAUUUCUCAUCUGUUAAUUGAUUACACAAUGUAAAAUGAAUCUUAAAUUCAUAGAUCUAAUUUAUUAACUGAA